CAUUUUAAUAGGAAGCUAGCAGGGUGUGGACGUCUAUGCGGUCAAACGUCGAUAUUAACGCCUGAUAUGAAGCUUUCUACCCAGUAAAUCGUCUCCAGAUCGUCACUAUGAAGAUAAUCAUCGCUGUUCUGCUCCUGCUGGGUCAUCUGGCCGCUGCUGAGGUCCAGUAUUAUGGGACCGGAGGUUCUCUGGUUCUGGGGCCUAAAUUCUCUGGUGCGAUAACCAGCAUCACCUGGAAGCAUAAAGGGAACAUAGUAGCUGAAUGGAUUGAUGGUUCUGUCGAUCUGGAAUAUCUGGGUGACCUGAAAGGUCGGUUAGACCUGAACCUAAAAACCGGGGUACUGACUGUGAAGAACAUGAUGAAAGCAGACCAAGGAGUGUUCAGUGUGGAGAUCAACAACAAGGUUCUUCCUGACACCUUUGAAGCUACAUGGAUCAGGAUCCUCAAUGAUAGCGAAGUUGUGGUCAUACCGUCUCUAACCUGCAGCAGUCAGUCCCAGAGCUGCUCACUGAGGUGUGGUGAAGAAAUUAAAGAUGCCGGACCCAUCCAGUACUUCUGGAAGAAAGGAGAGAAUGGAAAAUGGGAGGAGGGAGAGAGGACGAUUGAGAUUGAAAACACGGAUGAAACUGGACGAUUUAAAACCUUCUCCUGUAAAGCAGAGAAUCCAGUCAGCGAGAAGGAGAGCAAACCGGAGGAGAACCCAUUCAACAAGACAGAUCCUGUCAACUGGGGGACUGUUUUUGGGAUUGUUAUAGGUCUCAUAAUAGCUGCCGUUGCAGUUGGGGUUACUAUCUACAUGCGGAAAAACAAGAUGUUUUGUUUUCGCCCUCCGGUUCAAAACCAAACCCCUAAAGAUCAAACAGGAAACGGAGAAAGUGAGACGUUAAAUCAAAAAACUCAGGAGGUUUAGAGUUUCAGUGCUUGGACCACUGUGGCGUCACUGCGGGGACAGGACUGAUGUGUCUCAUCUGGAAUCUAUACAUCAGCAUCAGAACAUCAUCGC